AUGAACUUAAUAAAAGUGAAAGGUAAAUCAGAGAAUUCGUUUGAUUACAUUCAUGAAAAAUGGAUUUUUAAGGAAAUCAAAGAAUCAAAUGAACAAAAAUUUAAGUGUAAGUCUUAUAAAUCAAAAUUCAAGUGUCCAGCUAUUCUACAAAAAAUUAGUGAUGAAUAUAAAGGAGAUGAUAGCUUACACAAUCAUCCACAUCCAGUGAUAAGAACAAGAAUGGAGCCAGUGAACAAGAUGAAAGUGCCUAAAACUACUAGAAAAAUUACAGCUUCAAAACGGAUAACUAUUAAACCUACAGUUCCAGAAAAAUUAAAAGAAUUUAAGAAUUUGGUGACCGCCUAUCAGUUGAUCAAGAGUACAUUCAUAGCUCAGGUCGAAGCCGAUGAUGGGUCAUGUGCUUCUAUUUUAUCGACAAAAUAUUGUUUUGAUCUAUUGGGAAAGGCUGAAGAAAUUUAUUUGCAUGCGACAUAUAAAAUUCAGCUUAGUGAUAUUAAAAUAUCCCAAAUAUUAAUUUUCUUUGUGAGAAGAAAUAAUAUUGGUAUUCCAUGUGUUUUUGUAUUAUCUGACUCUACAAUAAAAUCGUUAUAUGCUAAAAUAUGGGAAAACUUGAUCUUGAGGAUACCAUCGAUCAAAGAAAAUUUGAAACGAGUUGUUACGGACUGUUAUUUACCCUUGACUUUUGCUAUUUUAGAAGCUCUACCACAGACUGACGUUAAAGGGUGUUGGAUGAAUUACAUUAGAAUGGCAGCGAGACAAUGGAAAAGUUGUAAUUUAGUAAAUAUGAGGCAUGAAGUAUUGAAAUGGAGUUUUUUAAUUCCAUCAUUACCCCCGGAUCAAUUUAAAAAUGCUAUCAUGGAAAUUAAUGAAACAAUUCGAGAUAAAAAAGAAACUUACAUUGAGCCCGUAACAGAAAAGUUUAUGAGUUUUAUUAAAAGGUGGUGGGAACCUGCAGCAACGAUAAUAUCAUUUUCGAAUAGUACCAACGAUUCAAUAAAUAUUUCGGAAUAUUUUGAUCGGCAUAUGGGAAGUGAAUUUGGAUCUUUAACCCCAGACAUUUUUCAAUUUUCAGAGUGUAUAAAGAGAAUUUGCGAUAAUUCAGAAAAUACGUGGAAGAUGAUGGAAAGAGGUGCUCAAUUUGAAUUGUAUGAGAAACAAUCCUUUAUCAAAAUAAAUAAUCAUAUUUCUAAUAACUUGGAAUUACUAUCCGAUGGAAAAAUAUCACUUGAAGAAUAUUUUAAACAAGCUAUGACCUCUGAUAUUCACGAACUGAUUUUGAAAAUUUUAGAAACACGUCAAUAUAAGAAUGAUGUUGGAAGAUUGGAUGAAUUUCAUAAAAAUUGA